UCUCCCCUCUGCUUUUAGAGAGAGAAAGUGGGGAGAAGCGAAAUGCGUUUAAUUUUCUGCGGCGUUUUCUUGAUUUGAUCUCCGGCGUCGUCUGUUAUCGUUUCUCGCCGGAGCUUUGGGAUUAUCUAGGUAUGCGGAAUUUAUGUUUAGUAGCCUUUUAACUUGAAUUCCAUGAAAAUCUGUUUGGCUUCGGAGAAAAUUGUAUGCCUAUGAAACGGGGAAGGAAAAGGGUUUCCGACCAUUAGAAUGAGAAGAUACAAGGAAUCGAGAUUUUUGUUGUUUUUAUGAUCCUGGUUGGGCAGCUAUGCAGGUUGGCUAGUCUUAUCCAUGCUCUUAGUUCUGAGUUCUCACCAUGUAGUGCAAAGCCAUUAUGUGAAGGCAUGAUGAUAAUUAAUUGCACUCUGCUAGGCCUACUAUGGUCCGAGAGUUGCUACCCCUCCUUACUACAAUUCAGCUGUGGCUGUAGCAUCCGGGCAUCCUCCUCCUCUGCCGCCUUACAUGUGGGGUCCGCGGGUAAUAGCCGAUGCCUCUCACUUGUCAAAACACUAAUAAAGGGUUAAACAAACAAUCGAUAUUUCACGAGGUGUGUGAAUCACGAUCAAGGGUGAAUGACUAUUUGUAGUAGCGAUCCGGGAGAAUCGUACGGUUUUAUGAAACCUUGUGCUAUGGCUCGAAUUUCGGAAAUGUAUAUAGUAAGACAAGAUCCAUCAUUUCCGAUCUUUACCUUCCAGCCUAUGGUUUCACCAUAUGGAGCACCCUAUGCGGCACUUUACUCGCAUGGAGGAGUUUAUGCACAUCCUGCAGUUCCUACGGGUGCACAGCCUCGAGGUCAAAAGGGUCCAUCAUCAACAGAUUCUGGGACACCUCUGAGCAUCGAAACUCCUGCCAAAUGUACAGGAAACACAGACAAUGGUUAUGGUCUGAUGAAGAAGCUGAAAGAGUUUGAUGGGCUUGUCAUGUCUACUGUAAAUGGUUAUUCUGAGGAUAAGGCUGACCACAAGCGGUCGCUCAGUCCGGAUACUGAAGGUUCGGUUGAUGAGAGUGAUGGGAAUACAAGUGGGGCAGAUCAACCGAAAAUUAAGAAAAGCCGAGAGGGAACACCCGCAAAAGAUGGGAAACCUUAGUCUCGAUCUAGCCCACUUUCUUCUGUGUCUAUGGAUGUAAAACCUAUUCAUGGAGUUGUCCUAUCUACUGGUGUAGCUGCCAAAUCCGAUCACUGUUCUUCCCAAUCUCUAGCCAUGGUUCCUUCUGAAGCCUGACUUCAGGGAACUGAAACGGGAGAGAAGGAAACAGUCCAAUAGGGAAUCUGCUAGAAGGUCAAGAUUAAGGAAACAGGCUGAAAUCGAAGAACUCGCUUUAACAGCUGGAAAUAUGGCUCUCACAUCAGAAAUCAACCAACUAACUGAGAAAUCAGAGAAACUUAGAGUAGAAAAUGCAGCCUUGGUGGAGAAAGAGAAAGGUUCAAACAAGAACAAAGAGAACAGAAUCUCGGGUAUUAGCACUAGAGAAUCUGCUCGCUAGAGUGGAUCACUCAGGACGGGGCGGAAAAGAUUCUACCUCCAACGGUAAGAUGCAUCAGCUCCCAAUAGAACCUGUAACCUUUGCACCCAAGAGGAGGAGACACAUGAACACUUAUUCUUCAAAUGCCCAUUCAGCUGGGAGAUUUGGUCAAUAAUGGCGUCCUUCUGCUGGCCAUCGCUGCCGACUGGCCUAGGAGAAUGCAAGCAGUGGAUUGAGUAGCCAACACAUGAGACUAGCCGAGGACAACCGACUUUGAUACGCUUUUGUUUACAACUGGCGGCAUAUGAGAUUUGGCGAGAGAGAAACAAUAGGAUUUUCAGAUCAAAAUCCAGAACUACUGCGGGUAUAAGAGGAAAAAUCGACCGGACAGUGCGCGACACCCUACUUUCUAUGAAGGUAUCCCAUCGGCAAUGCAUUGACUGCCGACUGCUUGAACACUGAUACUAUUUGACGCGAAAUCGUUGAUUCUUACGGUUUUCUUUUUAGUUUUGAAAUGCCCACCACUUGUGUAUGGGAAUUUGCUGACCGUUUGUCGGGAUCUUCUGAAAAAGCCUAAACGAGGCUAUGUAAAUCA